AUGGACCCGGGCCGCAGAGCGAUGUUGUCGGGGCGCAGAUCCCCCAGUCGCAGAGACCGCGAGAGAGACCGAGACAUUGCGUCCCCGCGACGCGACCCCAAUAACCGCAUCACCAAGCCUUCGAACCCUCCUCCUUCUUCGAGGCCACGUCAGACCAACAACUCGAGCUACAUGACGCAGGAUGAACAGUCCAGACAGUUUGUCGCCGAUGAAGACAAGUUUGUUCUGAAACAGGCCAAGAAGAAGGCUGACAUUCGAGUUCGGGAAGGCCGAGCCAAGCCCAUUGAUCUCCUGGCAUUCAAUCUGCGCUUUAUCGACUCCGAUCGAGACGUCUUCGACGACGACGAUGCCGACCUGCAUAUCAACGUGCCUUCUCCAGAGGAUGUGCUGCAGGGCCUCGACGAAUCACAGCUGCAAGACCUGGAUUCCGACAUCACGUCCUACCAUACCCUGGAGCAGAACGACCGCAACCGCGCCUACUGGAAAGCUCUGCAAACCAUCUGUGCCGACAGGCGGCAGAAGCUGAAACCGCAGGGCCCAGACGCUCGGGUCGUCAGCACAGUGUCAGAAGAUGUCGACAGGAUCCUGCGCCCCAAGACAUACGAGCAGCUCGAGGCCCUCGAAUCCCAGAUCAAGGCCAAGUUGCGCUCCAAUGAUGAUAUCGAUGUCGACUAUUGGGAGCAGCUCCUCCGCAGCCUAUUGGUCUGGAAAGCCAAGGCUAAGCUCAAAAAGGUGUGCGAUGCAAUCAGUGAGAGCAAAGCUGCCAUGUUCAAGCUGCAGGAUCCGGAAAAGGUCAAGGCCCUGGGGCAACAGCAGCAGCAGGCCAAACAAGCCGACUCUAUUUCCGGCCCUGUAGCCACCAAUAACCUGUCAUCUGAACACUCAGGCAGGCCCGAAACAAAGGAAGUGCCUGUGUCAAGUGUAUCCCAAGGUGGCGCGCCACCAGGAACAGCUCGUUUUGCCCAGGUGGGCAACGAGGACUUCUCUCAGGCCACCAAAGCUCUCUACGACCGCGAGGUCGCCCGUGGCAUCGGCGAGGACGAGGAGAUAUUUACGGCUGAAGAGGCCGUUCCCAGCGGUUCGAAGCCCCAGUGGGCAGACAAGUAUCGACCCAGAAAACCCAAAUACUUCAACCGCGUGCAGAUGGGCUAUGAAUGGAACAAGUACAACCAGACGCAUUACGACCACGACAACCCGCCGCCCAAGGUUGUCCAGGGAUACAAGUUCAACAUCUUCUAUCCCGAGCUUAUCGACAAGACAAAGGCGCCUACCUUCAAGAUCAUUCGGGAACACGGGAGGAAAAGGGGAGAGUCGUUUGCAGCGGCAGGGGAGGAAGACACGUGCCUCAUCCGUUUCAUCGCCGGUCCCCCGUACGAGGACAUUGCAUUCCGGAUCGUGGAUCGCGAGUGGGAUUACAGUGCAAAGAAGGAUCGCGGCUUCAAGAGCUCCUUCGACAAGGUACGUUUUGUGGCGUUCCCCACGCUGUCUAUAUUGCCUUCACGUGGUGCUUCACCUCCUUUCCCGUAG